AUGUCACAAUUUUCAGAAGCAGAUUUCGGUGCUAAUGGUUAUUCUUCAGCUAGACCAGAUUAUCCAGAGACUUUUUAUAAAUUUUUAUCUAAUUAUCAUUCAGGUUCUAAUUCACAAUUAGUUGAUGUUGGUUGUGGUCCUGGUACAGCUACGUUUCAGUUAGUUAAAUGGUUAUUUAAUUUUUCGAGAUUCAUUGGAACAGAUCUUUCUCCGCCGAUGAUCAAUAGAGCUAACGAGUUAGCCGCCAGAGUAACAGGUAAUUCUAACAAUCAAAACAAUUCAUUAGUUGGGAAAAUUACAUUCCAUGUUGCUGCCUGUACAGAUUUUUCAUUCCUUGAAAACAAGUCAUGUGAUAUGAUUACAGCAGCGGAAUGUGCUCAUUGGUUCGAUUUCGACGCUUUCCAAUUAGAAGCAUCAAAGAAUUUAUCAUCCGGCGGUACUAUUGCUAUUUGGGGUUACAUUGAUUCGGUGUUAGAACAAUAUCCCGACACGGAUUCUCUUAUGCUAGAUUUACAAUAUGGUGAAAAUAAAUUAGGUCCAUACUGGGAACAACCGGGACGUAGUAUUCUACGUGGGUUAUUACAAGACAGACAUUUAAACCCCGAACUUUAUGAACGAAUUGAAGAAUCCCAUGUAAUGGCACGCGAUCAACCUUCGGCGGCAACAAACGAUUUCCCAUUACUGAUCACUAAAGAAAUGCCCCUGAGCGGCUAUCUUGCCUAUUUAAAGACCUGUAGUGCAUAUCAUGCAUGGCAAAAGGAUCCAAAAAAUCAAGGCUCACCAGAUCCAUGUGAUGAAUUAAUUACUACAAUUCAAGCAAUGCACCCGGAGUUAAAGGAUCUCAAUUAUAAAGUCCGAGUCACGUGGAGUUCAUUCUAUAAGGUGGGUACUCGUCGUGCAUAG